ACGAUGACGAACGCCGACCCGUUUCCCAGCUCACAGCACACACGAGUAACAGGGCACUUGAAAAGGCUGGUUCGGCACCCAUAUUCACGGUAUUUUCUGUCUGUCUCGGCUUUCUAGGCGUGUGCGUCUUUCCGUGGCAAGAACCAAUGCGUUUUUCGCGAGUCGUCUUACGGUGGGCAGAGCGCCCUUGUUGAAAACGGGCGUGUUGAGUGCGCAGGUUGUCUGAGGUUCUAUGCUUCUUCAUUUGGGGAAAGAGGGAGACCGACGUGACUGUCAGACCGAGAAGAAAGCUGGCAGAUCCGCUGGCAGUUUGUGUUCUCAGUGCAGAGUGCUGUUCGUGGCGGGACGGGCAGACGUCCUUGGAUUGCGACGAAAGCAGGCGUUUGGGAUACGCUGCGACGGUUGGACCCGAUUUCGAGAGCCUCUCAAGCGCAAAUGCUUCCUCUCUGCGCGUCUUCUCAGAUGUAUCUCGGACAGGAGUGCCUGUCUUGCCCAGUGCUGCCGCGUCUUUGCUUGGCUACAUGUUUGGGGGCGUUGUACGGUCGCGCUUUUUGGCGGACAAAUAAACGGACUGCUGGUCACGGCAAAAAGUGGCUCGGCGCGCAUGGAAAAGAGAAAUUCCACUGCUUCUCCGGGUCGUUUUUCCUUGCAAAAACACUGACUUCCGCGAAGUCUUUCUUCGGCCGGUUUUCCUCCUUGGUUCCCCCUUCUGUGUUUACGACUCCGCGAAAGCAAUCUGCAUUUCGUUUCAGCCACCUGAUUCCCACACGCAGCCCACUUUCAGCGCAGUACCCAGGCCUCAAGUUCCUCUCCAGCUUUUCUUUUCUCAGGAUGGGGAUCGGCGGCAGCAGAGCUGCUUUCGCGCCGGACCAAAUUCCGGUCUCGUUCAGCACCAUUACUUUCAACGACAUAUACGGCGUUCAGCGCUCCCUCGGCGAAUGGGAUGGAAAAGUGAAGAUCGUGGUAAACGUCGCGUCCAACUGCGGUCUGACGAAGGCCCACAACAAGGAGUUCAUCGAGCUGAGAGAAAAAAUUGGUACCGAUGCCUUCGAGAUUUUGGCUUUUCCUUCCCGCCAGUUCGCCAACCAGGAGUUCGCAGACAUCGCGGAGACUCAGCAGUUCUGCGAGCGCGUCAAGAUCCCUUUCCCUGUCUUCACGACUUCUGACGUUAACGGCCCAGAGACGAACCCCGUUUUUCUCUAUUGCAAAUGGAACAGCGACAGUUUCUACCAUCCCGUGAAGAACAGCAAGAGCGCAAAACUCAGUGACAUUGGCUGGAACUAUGGCAAGUUUCUCGUAGACAAAGACAACGGCGUGUACAAGUACUACGGCCCGAGGACGAAACCGCUUGAGAUGGAAGAAGACAUCAGGAAACUCAUCGCGGGUCAAGCGAAGGGCAUGAAACGCAAUGCGGCAGGCGAGCUGAAGCCUCUCUGAGGUUUCAUACGGAUGACCUCGAAAAAUGCCGAAAGCGCACCGGUCACGCGGGACGCAGGGGAUGUGUGGGGUACAACUACCUGCUCCGUUUUUCCCCUAUUUUCCUGUCACCCUGGCUUGUGACGCACUCGCUGUGUGCCUCAUUUCAGAGAAAGAAGGACCAGUGAAUUCCUAGGUUCUGUACAGGGAACCUACGUCGAUGCAAUUGCGUCGCCCGUCGAGUUGCCUGCGCAUAAACACUUUACAUUUCUCUCUGUUUCCCCUUUUCCCCGUGUUUCAUUUUCCGUGUUUUGUUAGUUGUUGGUUCCGGUCAACGGCUACACCAACGACGAGGUGGCUUGACAGUGGGUCUGUUACUGACGCACGUUCAGAUAGCGCUUUUUUUGGUGUGUGCAUUUUACGCAACGCUAUUUUGACUGACCCGUUAUGUGUCCAUGAGCGUAAACAGGGAGACGUGUUGAAUUCUUUUUAAGUUUUUGCGCAGAUGGUCGUAGCAGUAGAGGAGAGCACCCUUUGUUCCUUCUUCCACACAUCGAC